GCGGGGCGGAGUGCGCGUGCGCGGCUCGCUCGCCCGGGUGUGGGAGCGGGCUCGGGGCGGCGGGCACGCGCACGCGCGCGCCCCGGGCAGCCUAGGCGGCCGCUCCUGCCUGUCACUGCUGCGGCGCUGCUCGCUGGUCGUUCCCUUGAAGGCAGCGGAGGCGGCGGCGGCGGCGGCGGCGGCUCCAGACACCUGCGGCGGCGACCCCCCGGCGGCGGCGCGGAGAUGUGGCCCUUGGUGGCGGCGCUGUUGCUGGGCUCCUGCUGCUGCGGUUCAGCUCAACUACUGUUUAGCAAGGUCAAAUCUGCAGAAUUCACUACGUGCAAUGAAACUGUCGUCAUCCCUUGUGUUGUCCUCAAUGUGGAGGCACAAAGCACUGAAGAAAUGUAUGUGAAGUGGAAGUUAAACAAGACAUAUAUUUUCAUCUAUGAUGGAAGUAAAAACAACUCUUCUGUAGAGACUAACUUUUCCAGUGCAAAAAUCUCACUUUCAGACUUACUGAAAGGCGUUGCCUCUUUGAAAAUGGAUAGGCAGCAAGCUGUCGUGGGAAACUACACGUGUGAAGUUACAGAGUUAUCCAGAGAAGGCAAAACAGUGAUAGAGCUGAAAUACCGUGUGGACUUGAACCCUGACCCAGGAUCAGACUGUUCUUACCACACUACUCCUACCCCUGCAGGGGACGAGAAGGAGAAAGGAGGUUGCAAAUUAGCGUCAUGGUUUUCUCCAAAUGAAAAGAUCCUCAUUGUUAUUUUCCCGAUUUUGGCUAUACUCCUCUUCUGGGGGAAGUUCGGUAUUUUAACACUUAAAUAUAAAUCCACUCGAACGAAUAAGAGAAUCAUUCUGCUGCUGGUUGCCGGGCUAGUGCUCACUGUCAUCGUCGUUGUUGGAGCCAUUCUUCUCAUCCCAGGAGAAAACCCUGUAAAGAGUGCUUCUGGACUUGGCCUCAUUGUCAUCUCUAUAGGAACAUUAAUACUACUUCAGUACAAUGUGUUUAUGACCGCUUUCGGGAUGACCUCUUUCACCAUUGCCAUAUUGAUCACUCAAGUGCUGGGCUAUGUCCUUGCUUUGGUGGGACUGUGUCUCUGCAUCAUGGCUUGUGAACCAGUGCAUGGCCCCCUUUUGAUUUCAGGUUUGGGUAUCAUAGCUCUAGCAGAAUUACUUGGACUAGUUUAUAUGAAAUUUGUCGCUUCCAACCAGAGGACUAUACAACCUCCUAGGAAAGCUGUAGAGGAACCUCUUAACGCAUUUAAAGAAUCAAAAGGAAUGAUGAAUGAUGAAUAAGUGAGGGAAGUGAUGGACUAUACCUGGAGAGUCAGAAGUAAAGGAAUACAUUCGUGUUUAAGCGCCAUGGCCUUGCUGACUCAGCUGGGAAGAAGAAAAUAAACAAACAACAGUAACUGACUUUCAUCUAUGAAAGAACAUGUCAUUGACCCAUAGAUGAUUAUUACAGUUAAGUUUAUAUUCAAAGCAGCUGUGAUUUACUUAAUAAAAGAAUUAUGAUUGUGUUGUGUAACCAAUUGAAAUCCAUUUUUUCUAUUGUUUCUACUCAACUAGGGGCAAAAGUAUCAGAGGCAACUUCCAAGAAUGAUGCUUGCUAGAUCCUUGAGUCUCUGGACACUGGGUUUAAAUCAGUUCUGGAUGAGAAUUGCCUAGCAUUAACCUGAUGGCUAUCCAGAGAUCCCUAUGAAAAACAAUGGUAUCCAGCAAGCCUUAGUAAACUCAGGUUCCCAGCAGCUUUGUCACUUAUGCUGCUAGCUGAAUAAUGUGACUGCCACUGCCAGGUCAUAGGAAUAGAGACUGAAGUAGACAGAUGAAUCUGGCAGACAAAUCCUGUAUGCUCCCUAUGUGUGCUAUGAUAUUGAUGGCACUAGUGUCUUCAUUCUUGGGGGUUGUCUCCAUUUACACCCCUCCCUUUGACAUAAAGUGCACCCCGAUUUUGAAUAUUUUUUAUAGAUGUGUUUUUCUUUCUUUUGCACCCUGUCCUGUCCUGCUACUUGCGUUUGAGGUACAAGAUAGAGUACCUUUUCUCCUCUUCAAACAUGGGCCUGUGACACGGUAGUGUCAGUUGCAGAAAGGAGCCAGACUUAUUCUCCAAGCACUGUGCUCAUUCAUACUCUCCAGCAAAAAAAAAAAAAAUGCUAUGGUUGUAACAUAUGUAUUCCAGACCUCUGGUUUGAAGGUAAAAUCUAAGGUGUUUCUUCCCAUGUUUUCUGAUUGGAGGCAUGACAAAGCAAGACUGAAAUCUGAUCUAUGCGUCUCCUGCAUGGCAACAUGUGUCUCCAUCAGGCCCUAGCAAGGCCAGCGGAGGAGGUUUUACGCCUGUUGUCUCUUUGUUGCAUGAUGAACACUCAUCACCUUCCUCCUGUAUCCUGCCUCCUACCUCCUCCUCUUUCCCUAAGUUUGAAAAGUAAAACAAAGCCACCCCAUUCCCUACCUGAUUAGCAGAAAAUCAACGUCCUGACAGUUGUGAUCGCAUGGAGUACUUUUAGAUUAUUAGCACUUGUUUUUACCUCGUUUGUGGGCGUGUUUGUAUGUGCACAUGUAUAAGGUAGGCACAUGCAUCUUCUGUACCCACAAAAGUGAGGCAUCAACAGAAGAGCAAAUGCUGACUUUGUGCUUUUAGUAAAUACAUUUACAAACAAAGGUCCUUAUUGGGUGGAAUUAUAUUUGAUGCAAAUAUUUGAUCAGUUUAAAACUAGGUAAUGUGCCAAGCUUUUUUGACUGCUCACCAGUGCCCUCUUUAAAAAAAAAAAUAAUACCAGUAAUGUUUCCUGUUUGUGUAACAAGGCAUUUGUAUUUGUGUUUGCAUUACUAAUGAUUAUUUCUUCUUAGUCCGCUGAAUGUUUCCAUGUGCCUCUUGUAUGCCAAAUUUAUUGUCAUCUUUCAUGUGGGGACCAAGUGGUUUGUUCAUGGCAAACCUAAACUUAUGACCUGCUGAGGCCUCUCAGAAAACUGACCACAGUAGCAAGAUAGUGCUUCUAAAGAAAAGUAUGUUUCCUCCCUGAUUUUGUAGUUGUUCAAAAUAUUUGUGUAUAAAGAGGGAGUUGAAUGCCUUUAUACAAACCCGAUGGCUCCUGAUGCUUUCCUUUCUUCUGAAAAUAUUUAGACUUUGCUCAUAUUGUUGGUUACUUUGAAAUCAGUUUUGAUGAAGAGAGCAAAAAGCAGACGGACUUGGAACAGAUCCAAAAUUUCCUAUUCUCUGUUAAGAGAGUCAGGUGUGAAAAUCUUUAUAGUCAAUUUUUUUUAUGAACUAAAGUUGUACCUUUUAAUAUGUAGUCAAUGCCCCUCUGCUCGGGGUUCAGUCUUGGGUCUUAACCAGCUGUCAUGUUCGCUUUGCUGCCUGCCAUUUGAGGCAUUGAGUGCCCUAGACCGUGCCGCUGGCGAUAGCUAAGGAAACACAGGAUGAAUUCGACUCUUGUCCUUACUUAUCAACUUCUCUGUAUAAAGGACCGCAGCAGCAAAGAGUCCUCCUGCCUGGGCAUUAUUGGGCCAGUUCACCCUCUUUAAAUCAAACCUGCAAUGACUCCCAGUUCUCAUCCUAGCAGAUUUAAAUUGCUAACAAUAUUGUGGGCUGCAUGCAUCUGUUUUGCCCCACAAUGUGUUUUUUCUCUCUGAUCCCAAUUUCUGCUGUCAUUUUCCUCUAUUCGGUUUUUAUUUAUUAUCUGCUGUCCAUUUAUACAAUAGUAUGGAGUGAUGCCGUCUGUCAUUUUCAGCAACGGUUUUUCCAGCCUUUAUGGCUGAGUCCCAUUUUUCUUCUCUUUCAAAUCGCUGUGCUUCAGCCCUUACCCGUCACUGACUGUACUUUGCAGCCUGUCCCCAUCUGUCUGGGGGCCUCUUUCAUCUCUUUUACCCUUCCUGGUGCUUCAUGUAUCUCUGCUUAGCUCUGUUGGGUUUGGUUUUUUUUUUUUUUCUUCUCACUGGACUUUAAAAAUUCCUUCCACAACAAAAGUGUGGCUUCCCUUUCUGCUUUUCCUUCUGCAGUGUUCUGCAUACAUUAGUAGACACUCAGUACAGAAGUUCGAUGGUAAGAGUUGCCUGCACUUAGAUUUCUCUUUUUAAUAGGGUGAGCUAAAGUUUUUCUUUUUUCUCUUUCUCUCUUCCUUUUUUUGACAAGUUUCACAUGUUUUGAAAAUUGUAAGAGGUGAAGGAGGAUUCACCUGAAAAUUCCAAGUCUGAUCUGUUGAAAUCAUUGAGAAUACCAGACUAAAAGUCAUGGGGCUGUAUCAUACAUAAUAGGCUGUCUUUCAGGAUGUUGUAGUCAAUAUAGUGGCCAAAUUGUGUUUGAGUUAAUAAAACUGGAAAAGUGA